AUGGUACCUUUCAUUAAUUAUAUAUGCUCAUUUUUUGAUCAUAUUAAGGAAAAAAUUGUAAUUUCAAGGUAUCAAGCUCGUAUACCGGAAGAGCAAGAAAAGCAGGAUGUUAUGAUUGAGGAAAAUUAUGCAAAUGUUGAAGCUACGACAAAUUUUGAAUCAUCACAACAUCAACAGCAACAGCCCUCCUCAACUGAAAUUACCAAUUUGAAGCAAUCCGAAUCUAUCAAAGUAGCUUAG